UCUCAAUCGAAAAAAGUGGAAAAUUCAUCAUCAUCAUCAUCAACAACAACAACAAAAAAUAAUGACAGUAAAAAGAAAUCAUCAUCGUCAUCAUCAACAACAAAUCGAAAUAAUGUUCGAAGAAAAAGCCCAGCACGUGAUCCAAAACCACGUUCGAAAAAAGUUGAUCUCGCCAAAACACGUUAUCUAUGGGUAAGUGGCGUGCCAGUAGGCACAAAAUCCACCCACUUGGAAGAGAUAUUCUCCAAACAUGGAAAAGUAUUGGCCAUCAAAAUAAUACGUGGCAACAACAAUUCAUUACUUGGUUUUGUCAAAUUGGAAUCACAUGAUCAAGCGCAACGAUGUCUGGAUAAAUUGAACAAAACGGAUUUUCGUGGAAGCAAAAUUGAAUUGUUCAAAGAACGGCCAGAUGAUAAGGAUAGUGAUGGUAAAAAACUCGAAAAAAUAGGCUUCAGAGAUUCUCGAAAAUAUAUAGCGAAACCACCAAUACCAAAACGGCCACCUACUUCAUCUUUUCGACCAAAUACACGUGGUGGUUCAUUUCAUCGUCCUCAACAUCGAACCUCAUUACCAUCAAAAUUGAGACGGACACCACCCAUACGAUUAUCAUCAUCAGGUAGCCAUCAUCAUGAUAGACGAAACAAUGAACGAGAUGGAGGAUCAUCACGUUUGGAUCGUGAAAGACAAAAAUUGAAAAUGGAACGUUUACGUUUUGAACAAGAAAAAGCAGAAUAUUUUAAAAUUGAACAGAAAUCAAGAUUUGAAUUCGAACGUGGUGGUGGUGGCAGUGCUAUUGUUGGUGAUUUAAGAUCUGAAGAUAAAACAGGCCCACCACACCGGAUUCGUUCGAUGAUCAAACGUAAUGUGGGAGGAGGAUCCUUCGAUGAUGGAAGCCCAUUUAUGCAUCAUGAAGAGAAACGUUAUGAUGAUUAUAAUAAUAGACGCGAAUUUAAUUCAAUUCGUAGGUAUGAUUCUCGAGAAAGUCCAAUGGAACGAAAAAUCAAUCCACGAUCAUCAUUUGGUUCGAUUACUGGUGGUCGUAAUAGCUAUGAUACUGGCAGCCGACCUGAUCAUCGAUAUUCUGAUUUGGGGAAUAAAAGCUGGCAACCAUCACUGGAUUCAUGGAUGACAACUGGUUUGUCAAGCAGUAUCGGCGCCGAUAAUCGUGGAUGGAAUUCUUCCACUGGUUAUGAUCAUCAUACAACACCACGGAUAUUAUCAAGCAGUAUCGGUGGUGGUACCAGUGGAUCGAUGUCAUCAUCGCGGCUAAAUCAUUCUUCUGACAUGAAUCCACGUGGCCAUAGUGGUGGUGGUGGUGGUGGCGGCGGCGGUUAUUAUAAUAAUAAUCGUAGAUAUUAAGAUUGCAAGAAAUUGACAUAUUCAAUG